GAAAGCUAAUACUCCUCUUGACUUACAAAUAAUUCCACAACAAUCUAUUAAGGAGCCUCCAUAUGAACAACAACUUCAAAACCAUAUUGAUCAUAUAACAUAUGGGUUACAACAAGUCCAAUUAAAAGCUAAACAAAAUAUUGAAGUUGCUCAAGAAAAACAAAAGGAAUAUUAUGAUGAAUCUAUAAAGAAAAAACAAUUUUAUAUAGGUGACAAAGUAUUAUUAUAUCAAUCAGCUCAAGCUAAAGUUUAUG